CUCUGCCGCCUCCUUCCCAUUUAGACAUUCACUUUUGGAAGGGAGAACUCAAUGUGAAGCUUCCAGCUUCCUACCCUUUUGGCGUAUAUGUUAUUUUCCUUUAUUAAUUUGCAGACAUUUCUAAACGCAUCUUUAAGCACUGCUAAGUUCAACAAUGGCAGACGUUGAGUCUGAAGUUCAUGGCAGCCAAAGUGACGUAGAAUUUAAUCGUAAAAGACGAGGCUUUGGAGCAAAUAGUGUCCAAUUUGCUGACCCAGUUGUAAGCAAUGUGUUCGAUGGGCAAUCCAUCUUGGGACAUUCUUUAACGUCCCCUGAUUUGGUCAUAUGUGCUGCUUCACCUGAUAUUAUCAGUAACAGCUAUGUGGAGUCCCCUGAGCUUUUGGACAACAGAAUUCAUCAGAAAGGGGCUAUGGAACUUUCUUUGGAGAAUGGAAUCAAUGAAUCUGACUCUGGAAUUGAUAAUAUCCAGAAGACCCCAACUGCCAAAUUUUCUCACUUUUCCCAAAGUCUUAAAGAACUAUCUCCUGAAGCCUCUUUUGAGCUUCCUCCUCCCCCUAUAAUAGAGCAUGAACCAUCAUCAGUGGACCCUUCUGGAGAAAAUGAGUUGGCAGGAGCCAUUGAAGCGUCUCAAGAAGAUGAAUUGGCGACUUCAAAUGAUGCUGGAGAUGUAGGGAUGGAGGAUGAGUUUCUGAAACUGAAAAGAGAGUUUGAUAGUCAGAAAAAAGAGCUGGCUGAAACAAGGAGGGUUUUGACGGAGCUGAAGAGGGAGAAUCAACAGAAGGAUAGGGAUUGCCAAGAAGCUUGGAAGUCCUUGAAAGAGCUUCAGAACGAGCUCAUGCGCAAGUCCAUGCAUGUUGGAUCUUUGGCUUUUGCUGUUGAGGGGCAAGUGAAGGAGAAAAGUAGGUGGUUUUCAGCACUGAGGGACUUGAUGAAGAAAGUGAAGAUUAUGAAAAUGGAGCACAUCAAGCUUUCAGAGGAAACAGAAACAUAUAAGAAGUAUCUUGCAGAUAUGAGUGAAGUGGAGCGAAUUAUUAUGUCUAAGGUAAAUGAGCAACAGGAGUCACAUGAAGACCUCAAGUCUAAAUACCUUGAGGGGGCUAAGCAGCAAAAAGAACUUUAUAAUAAGGUUUUGGAGUUGAGAGGAAACAUUAGGGUCUUUUGCCGCUGUAGACCACUAAAUGCCAAAGAGAUAACAGCAGGACUUACUAUGGCCAUGGGUUUUGAAUCUGCUAAAGAUGGUGAACUUACUGUGAUGUCAAACGGGGCUCCUAGAAAGACUUAUAAGUUUGAUUCUGUUUUUGGACCCCAAGCUGAUCAAGCCGACAUUUUUGAAGAGAUGGCACCAUUUGCAGCCUCAGUUCUAGAUGGGUUCAAUGUCUGCAUAUUUGCCUAUGGUCAGACUGGGACAGGAAAAACCUUCACAAUGGAGGGUACGAAAGAGGCUCCUGGGGUUAAUUUCAGGACCCUGGAGAAAAUGUUUGACAUAAUCAAGGACAGACAGAAAAUAUAUCACUACGAAGUCUCUGUAAGUGUCUUAGAAGUGUACAAUGAGCAAAUUAGAGAUUUGUUGAUUUCAGGAAGCCAGCCAGGAAUAUCAACAAAAAGGCUUGAAAUAAGGCAAGCAGGCGAAGGAAUAAGCCAUGUUCCAGGGUUGGUUGAGGCACAUGUGAACAAUAUGACUGAAGUUUGGGAUGUCCUACAGACUGGUAGUAACGCAAGGGUUGUUAGCUCAACCACUGCCAAUGAACACAGCAGCCGUUCCCACUGCAUUCACUGUGUUAUGGUCAAGGGGGAAAAUAUGUUAAAUGGUGAAUGCACAAGAAGCAAGUUAUGGCUAGUAGACCUUGCAGGAAGUGAGAGAGUGGCGAAAACAGAAGUGCUAGGUGAACGGCUAAAGGAGACACAAAAUAUUAACAGGUCUCUCUCUGCAUUAGGGGAUGUUAUAUCAGCCCUUGCAACAAAAAGCCAGCACAUCCCUUUCAGAAAUUCCAAGCUUACACACCUGCUGCAAGACUCCUUAGGAGGAGAUUCAAAGACACUCAUGUUCGUACAGAUCAGCCCAAAUGAAAAUGAUUUGAGUGAGACAAUUUGCUCUCUGAACUUUGCCAGUAGAGUGAGAGGAAUAGAGUUGGGCCCACCAAAGAGGCAAUUGGAUACUACUGAACUUCUGAAAUAUAAACUCAUGGCUGAGAAAACAAAACAAGAGGUAAAGAUGAAAGAUUUGCAAAUCAAGAAGAUGGAGGAAACAAUUCAUGGGUUAGACUCAAAGAUAAAAGAAAGAGAUACUAGAACCAAAAUUAUGCAAGAAAAGAUCAAGGAACUGGAAUUACAACUUCUGAUUGAGAGAAAGCUAGCAGCAGCUAGUCAACAUGUUGAUACAGAGAGAGCUGAGAAGCAUCAAGAAGAGCAAAAUAAAACACCUUUGAGACCAGCACUUGCAAAUCAACCAGUAGGAAGUAAGAAGAAUUUUAACGACUACCAAGAAAAUUUAGCUCGAUCACUUAUGGAGAAUAACAUUUUAAAACCAUCACUUCCCUUUUCUACAAUUGAGAACUCUAUUGUGAACAUUGAUUGCUAUGCUGAGAAAGAAAACAUCCCAGAGAUGGCUGAAAAACCCUUACUGCCAAAAAGGACUGGAAGAGUUUCUAUCUGCCCUGUGACACCUAGUAUUCUUUCGGCCAAUACUUCAAGGAGAAACACUCUGAUUCCACUCCCAAGUGCAGCCCAUCAACUAACACAAUAUCGAGCUGAUCGGAAAGAAGUCAAUAGUACUGAAUCGGAAAGCAACGGCUUGCCAUUACAGAGCCGUUGUGAGAGUCCAAAAGAAAUCAGAGGUGAAAGUAGGAAGAAAGGAAGCAAGCUAAGAAGAAGCCUACAAAAGAAAAAUCAGGAAAAGUCCCAAACACAGCAAAACAUUAAAAAGGUUGGUGUUAAUGUAGGGAUGGAGAAAGUUAGAGUAUCCCUGGGAAGUCGGGGGAAAAUGGGAAAGGGAAGGACUGGAACUAAAGAAAAGCAGCAGCAGAAGAACAGUCAAAAGGAAAAGGAAAGGAGAUGGAAUGUUGGAACUUUGGUGAAAACCGUUAUCUGAAAAAUAGAGUUGGCGAUGUCCUCUUAGGUUUUGCCGACCCCGUUGAUAGCUUUGAGUGUGCAUGUGUUGAUUCUUUGGAUGAUUCUAUCAUCUGUUUGAUUGUUUGUAAUUACUAAAACGGAUUCGAGGAUUUACAGAAUUUUUUGGUGAUUCCCUAA